GCGGCAAAGUCAUAUCAAUACUGUUUCAUCAUUUCUUGACUGAGAUAUAGGUCAAGGGUGGGGGAUAAGGACAGCCUGUGCGAGCUAGUCUAAAAUUUUGUCUCUUGUGGAGAAAUCGGAAGCGGCUGGUAAUGCGGGCAAAUAUCCUUCGUUUGCAAACUCGUAUACCUGCUUUACAAACUCGUACAUUCUCUAAAAUGUCUGCUUCUCAUCUAUCCGACAACUGCAUUUUCUGCAAGAUCAUUCGUGGUGAAAUCCCCUCGCAGAAGAUUGCCGAAACUGACAAGAGUUACGCUUUCUUGGAUAUCAUGCCCUUGAGCGAGGGCCAUGCUCUUGUCAUUCCUAAAUACCACGCCGAAUUCAUGCACGAGGUUCCCGAUGAAUACCUUGCCGAUGCCAUGCCCUUGGCCAAGAAGGUAGCUGUUGCCAGCGGUCUCAAGUACUACAACAUUUUGCAGAACAACGGCAAGUUGGCUCAUCAGGAGGUACCUCACGUUCACUUCCACGUCAUUCCUAAGAACAAGGAGGAGGAUGGUUUGGCUAUGAGAUGGACUCAACUCAAGCCAAGCCAGGAUGAACUCAAGGCUAAGCUUGACGCCAUCAAGCAGAACUUGUAAAGAUGACGCACGGAUGAAUAAGAACACCGUGCGGUAUGUAGAUUAGGAGUGGAGACCGACUAUGAAGACAGUGUGUUGGCUGGUCUUGGUUUGCUCAGGGAAUAAAAAACGUGUUCUUACUAUGUUGCUGACAG